CAGCAGGUCCGGUAGGCCAGGCCGGGCCAAACCACCGGGCGGACCGCUGUGGAAGCAUGAGACCCAGGUUUGUCAAGUUGACAAGCAAGAUUAGUUAUCACAUGCACGUAACAGCUAAGCUGUCACACAAGAACCCUACCACUGAGCUGUGUCCCCAGCCCUCUGUGUGAUUUCAUAAUGAGAAACUCAGGUGUUUCCCAACUGAGGUGCCAGCGGGUCAGCAGCAAGGAAUCCUGUGAGAAGAAAAUCUGAGCUAGGGCUGAAGAAACAAGACCAGAGGAUCAGGAAGGGGGAGGCAUUCCUAGCAAUGCUAACAGUGAAGUAAAGCUGUAGAGACAGGUUGGCUGGCUCCUCUAACUGAUGGCAUGUUGAAGUACACGGGCCAGCAGCAGCGAGGGCAUCUGAUCCAGAGGGGGCCACUCUAGAGGCCAGGCCAUCACCACCAUGGGCCAGUGUGUCACCAAGUGCAAGAAUCCUUCAUCAACCUUGGGCAGCAAGAAUGGAGACCGGGACCCCAGCAGUAAGUCACACAGCAGGCGCGGAGCUGGCCACCGUGAGGAACAGGUGCCACCUUGUGGCAAACCAGCUGGGGAUAUCCUUGUCAAUGGGACCAAGAAAGCAGAGGCUGCUGCUGAGGCCUGCCAGCUGCCAACAUCUUCUGGAGAUGCUGGGAGGGAGUCCAAGACCAAUGCUGAGGAGUCUUCCUUGCAGAGGUUGGAAGAACUGUUCAGGCGCUACAAGGACGAGCGGGAGGAUGCAAUCUUGGAGGAAGGCAUGGAGCGCUUUUGCAAUGACCUAUGUGUUGAUCCUACGGAAUUUCGAGUGCUGCUCUUGGCCUGGAAGUUCCAGGCUGCUACCAUGUGCAAAUUCACCAGGAAGGAGUUUUUUGAUGGCUGUAAAGCAAUAAGUGCAGACAGCAUUGAUGGGAUCUGUGCACGGUUCCCUAGCCUCUUAACAGAAGCCAAACAAGAAGAUAAAUUCAAGGAUCUCUACCGGUUUACAUUUCAGUUUGGCCUGGACUCUGAAGAAGGGCAGCGGUCACUGCAUCGUGAAAUAGCCAUCGCCCUGUGGAAACUAGUAUUUACCCAGAACAAUCCUCCUGUAUUGGACCAGUGGCUAAAUUUCCUAACAGAGAACCCCUCGGGAAUCAAGGGCAUCUCCCGGGACACUUGGAACAUGUUUCUUAACUUCACUCAGGUGAUUGGCCCCGACCUCAGCAACUACAGCGAAGAUGAGGCCUGGCCGAGUCUCUUUGACACCUUUGUGGAGUGGGAGAUGGAGCGAAGGAAAAGAGAAGCAGAAGGGAGAGGUGCACUCAGCUCAGGGCCCGAGGGCUUGUGUCCAGAGGAGCAGCACUGAGGAUCUGCCUGCUGCCCUGCAGCCAAGUGAGGCAUUGGACCUUUCUGGAAAUUACUGAAGAUCCGGAUAUUUUCUACUUUACACCUUUCUCUGCCUUGUAUUUGAAAGGGCUCUAAAAUGCUGUAUCAUGUUUUAGGCACUUUCUUCAUUUUUUUGGUUAUUUUGGUUAUUUCUUUUUUGGGCGGGAAAUCCCCCAAAAUAUUUGAACCUGGCUACAUGUUGUGUACCUUUUUUUGAAGCCUUCAGAUAGAAUAAGCCUGCCAUUUCUUGCACAAAUUUA